AUGCCGGGCCCUCUACGAGUACUACCGACUAACUUUUCUUCUGUUCGCUCGCUAAUUCUGAUUCCAGACGACCCCUUCGUUGAUCCUACAACUGCAUUCCCUGACUUUGACAAUACCAGCACCAACCCCAAUAGCGUGUUCGCGAAUCUCGUUGCCCAUCCGCAAUUAUCACAAGAAACGCGGUCUUUCACUCCAGCGCAGCUGCCCUUUGCAUACACGCAAGUCUAUGCGGGGACUGGAUCCUAUGGGCCAGAGCAGUCAAGCAUGUCGACCAUUGGUCACGGCCUACAACAACCAGUACCCGACGUGUCGAUGGCAAAUCCUGGGCGGGGUCGGCAGAUGGCAUCGACUUAUCCGUCGAACCGAGCUGUCCAUGGACAAGAGGGUCGAUUCUCGCCAUAUCCGACUGUCGGGACCAGCUCAAGGCACCGGAGUACGCCUGCCGUGCCACAAAUGUCGGGUGGCUCUGACGAGGCUCUCUUUGCAAGUAUGGACAUGUCCCAGCAGAACGAUCCGGCUUGGAAUGCCUUUGGUCUUUCCUUCGCCUCCAGUUCGUCACUCGACUCCUUCGGUAGCACCCCUCUGGACUUUUCUUUGGCCCCCUCUACCGGCGCGCCGUAUCCAUCCUCCCUAGAUCCAGCAUCUGUCCCUGCAUCCAUGACUAGCGACCCUUUUCUGCCUGGCGCAUCGUACCCCACCUCACUCGACACGCCGUACCCCGCCUCCACAUCCGCCGCCCCCUUCCCCAUUUCCCGACCGCACAUCGCGACAGAUGCGAUGAGGCGGCUGUCGCGCGAGCGGCGGACCAGGCCGGCCGAGUAUGGGUGCAACGUGUGCGGUGCGACGUUUACAGCCAAACAUAAUUUGCGAAACCACCUACGGUCCCACGAGGGUAGGCGCGAUUUCGUCUGUGCGGUCUGCCAGGCGACCUUUAUCAACCCGGGCGUUCGAGAUCGCCACCAGUCGAAGUGUACGGGCGCGUAG